AUGGGCGAGCUGUACGAGAAGUAUUCCAAGCUCUUCCACGUGGAGUCGGUCCCCGUCAAGAUCGACAACUCGGCCCUGGUCGCCAAGACCCUCGGGUUGCUCAUCCUCGCGUUCACCUCGUUGGCGUUGAUGUUUGUGGGGGACAAGAAGCGGAACCCGGUGGCGGUCAUCGUCAAUGCCGCCGUGGCGUCGCUCGCCGUCGGGCUCAGCGCCGUCUACGUGUCCAACUUUGUUGGUGUAUAUGUCUAA